CAGCGGCACUGUGAACGCCAUCUGUUCUGCUCUGCUUCCGCGAAAUCCGACCCCGGUUUUAAAGAGUUUUCAGAGGAGCAAGAUGGUGGCGAAGAGGAUCCGCUCGGAGUACAUGAAGAAGUUCAAAGAUCCCAAAUGGGACACGUACACUAAAUGUUACGAGGAGAUGUUGAAGUACAGGCUGACCCGCAGGCUGCUGGAACACACGCACAACCCCUGGUUCUGGAGCGGCUCCGAUACUGACUCGGACUCGGGAGGUAGAAGUCCUCCUAUUCCUCCAAGCAAGAACCAGGUACGGGACCAGGAGGAUACCGGUGGCCGCGCGGAGGCUGAGCUAGAGGAGUGUGGGGGUGCGAGGACGGACACACAGCAGGAGCAGAGCAGAACCUCGGGGCCCGUACCCAGGCUUCCUAUUCAAGAAGAGGAGGAGGACACAGGGCCUGCUGCACAGUCUGCACUUCAUGCGUCUGAUGCUAUGAGGGAGACAAAGGUACUACAAGAGGAGCAGAGAGCCAGCAACAGAGAGAGAGACCCUGAGGGACCCCGACCACAGCAGAGUAAACCCUCAAAGUCCUUGAGGCAACCCCGGCGAUCACAGCGGGUCAGGCCUGCACCAUCUCGACUGCCCAGAGACGACAGUAAGGAGAGCAGGCAUCCUUUCGCCUUGUAUGGGUCGGGGGAGAAGGAUGCAGACACUGCAGGAAGGAAGACGCACAACGUUGGCCCAGUGGCUUCGACUAAUGAGAUCUAUGAAUCGGCUCUGCGUGCUAAGACCAGGCGGGAGGUGGAGCGUCAGAUCCAGACUCAGCGGUCUGAGCGGCGGAGAGCCAAGUCUGCUGACCUGGACAAGGCCAGAAAAGUGGUCCAACCUGAGUUCAACCCCUGGCUCACUGAGUACAUGCGUUGCUUUUCGGCUCGCUCACGAUAGGACACAAACAGGAAAAAAGACCCUCUACAUCAGAAUGACUCUAGACAACAAACACAAAACUGAAGCCAUCACUGCCUCUCACCUCUAAAGUUUAAACUUCAAGAGGCCGAGUAGUAGGGCUGCCACGAUUAGUCGACUAGUCACGAUUACGUCGACUAUUAAAAUCGUCGACGACUAAUUUAAUAGUCGACGCGUCGUUUGAAGCUUUGUAAGAUCCCAAAAGACGCA